GUUUUAAUUGAACGAAUAAGUGAAUUGAUGUUAAAUUAAAAAAUUCGUAAAGAAAUAUGAACUAGAAAAACUGCGCAUGAAAAAUCAAUAAAUUUUGCUGCCUUCAGAGUACCUCAAAACAAAAGUACAGCGGACUCGCGGGAAGAAUAUAGGGAAACACAAAAAUUUGUUUAAAUAAUGUAGAUUGUAUAGAUAUUUGCUCAUCUAAUGCUGAGAUUAUUUAUUUCUCCAACAAAACCGAAAACGUAUGAAAAACAACAACAAUUGAAAGCAAAUGUUUUAUAAAACAAACUAAACUCAAGGGUAGCGAAACGUAUGAGACGGGUUGUUUUAUCACAAUAAAUAAAAUUCUUUUGUUGGCGCUUUGUGUGAGGCUGCUGCACCUAUAUAAAGUAGAGUACACAUUCUCCUGGUCCAGUGAUUUACUAAUAAAUGUGUUACAUGCAGUGGGGCACGGCGAAAGCUUUUGACAAUUGUUUACUAGAAUUUGUAUGGCAGCAUAUAGAAUACAUUUCCAGCGGAAAAAAGUAUAUCGCGAAAAGUGUUUGUAGAUAUUUUUGUACAUCAGAAAAAAGAAUAUGUAUUGUCAUUGUUAUGUAGAGCAGCUAUAAAAAGCAAUGAAAGGAACAGCAGCUAUUAUUCAUAACUACAUAAAAAUAUAUAACUAAGGAUAUAUUAAUCAUAUAAUGGUCAAAUCACUAGUUUCGAAACUAUCAUCUGCCUCAAAUCUAUCAUUGUCGUCAACAUUAUCUUCUGUUGGUGGUGGCAGUUCACAUGGAUCUGGCACAUAUGACACAAACUAUUUCAAACAUCGCAAUGAUCCAGGACGUUUCUUUGGCGAUGGCGUACAAUUUAAAGCAAAACUUAUUGGGAUAUUGGAAGUGGGAGAAGCGCGUGGUGACCGUAUGUGUCAAGAGGCUUUACAAGACUUAAAAAUGGCUAUACGCGCUGCUGGUGAACACAAGCAGCGCAUAACAAUACACGUUACUAUUGAUGGUUUACGUUUGAGAGAUGAAAAAACUGGUGAUUCCUUGUAUCACCAUCCUGUGCAUAAGAUCUCAUUUAUAGCACAAGAUAUGACUGAUUCACGUGCAUUUGGUUACAUUUUCGGUUCACCAGAUAGUGGGCAUAGAUUCUUCGGUAUAAAAACUGAUAAGGCAGCUAGUCAGGUUGUUUUAGCAAUGCGUGAUCUCUUUCAAGUUGUAUUCGAGCUAAAGAAAAAAGAAAUUGAAUUGGCCAGGCAACAGAUACAAUCUAAAACACUACAUGAACAUCAACGUGCUUCAUUAGCGUCGUUAAAACCUGUUGGUGGGCAUAAUGAUUUAAGCGGUAGCGUUGGAAGCAGUACUAUGGCAAUGUUCGGUGGUAUAAGCGGCCAGGGUGCUACUGGUAUUUCAAGACUUGGUGUUAAUUUAGAUUCAAAGGAUGUUUCAAAAGAGAUGUCACCAGAAUCUGUGGCAGAUCUUGUUGAUUUGGAACAAGAACUAAGUUCAAUACAACGAGGUAUAACACAAAUGGAACGUAUUACACCAAGCGAUCCUGUACACCCACCAAUGUGUAAUACAACUGGAAAAUCAACUAACGAUGAAGAUCCAUUCGGCGAUUCAUUUACAAACUUUCCGACAUACAAUAUCUUGCCACCACCUGAGUCUGAUCGUUCGCGUAAUAAACCGGGUAAACCGCCAGAUGCAAAUGCAACCACUGUACAAAAUCCUGCUCUAUCAUCAUUACUAUCACCUACACCAGCUGCAGAUAGUAGUGCUACUGCAACAUUAGCUCAGCAAGAGGAUGAAGAUAAUUGGUUAAAUGAUUUGGAUCAGCAAAAUGAUGUUUUUGAUACUUCAAAGACAGUAGUGAUGGGUAUGGGCGUUAAUUUGCCAAUGGCACCGUUGGCACCUUCUGAAACUAUAGAGACACCAAUACAACAGUUUCAUGAGCAUUCAAUGUCUAUUGAGAACGAUGUAUUAGCUAAUACAGGAGUUGGUAAUUCCAUAACGCAUAUUGCAACUAAUACUAGUACUAUAAGUGCCAUUGAUGCAUUGGCUUCUGCUCUAAACGAACAUCCCAAUAUUACAGCUGUAGCAGCUAAGUCCGAUGCUUUUACAGAUUUGGAUCCACUAGGUACUGGGCGUACACGUCCAUAUGUUGACAAAAAGUACUUCUUUCAGGAGCUUAAGAAUCCACCUAAAAAGGUACUUAAAGAUUUAUCAGCCAACAACAGCGCAGCAAAUACUCAAAUAUAUGGCGAUAUAACCGCUUCAAAUUACUCAGCUGCAGCCGCUGUUGUAGAUGAAUUCCUUAGCAAGGAAGGUCUGUUCGAUGAUACAAUUGGAUCGGGAACUUUGUCGGAUUCCACUUCGAGAGCUACUGAAUUUGAAAGAGCACAACUGCAGGCACAGCAAUUAUCAAAGCCGCUACCUAUUAAUCUAAUUAAUACUAACACAUAUGCAGAUCCUGUUCCUCCAACGUCAACUGGCACUGGCGCUGAUCCUGUAAUGCUGCCAAGAGAUACUGAUCCGUUUUCACCAACGCGUAAAAAAAGUGAUCCAUUUCAAGAUGGUGAUAUCUUUACUAAAUUGGAUCCAUUUGAGUUCGAAUUUUCUGGUAAAAAUGAAAAUACUAAUCAACGCGUUUCACCGUCCAUUUCCUCUUCCGCUGCUGCUUCAUCUUCAACGACUGAUGCACGACGUCCUAAAGAUGUUUUUAAUGGACCAUUGCAAGUUAAUCUGCCACCUGAAAGUGGUAGUGCUUCUGUUGGUAUUGUUACUUGGAAAAGUGAUAUUUCCAAACUUGAACGUCCGUCUAGUGAUGCACAUAGCACUGGCAUGGGUAAUAAUAUUAGUACAGUGCGUUCAAGGCCAACAAUAUCUGGGAGCAGUUCUCACUCUAGUUCGGGUAUACAUGCGCCCUCAUCUAUGUUAAAACAACAAACAGUUGAUGUAAUUUCAAGCAUCAGUAAUAAGAAAAUGCCGCAUCUAUUUGGGCAAGCAAGAUUUUCGAAAAGAGGUGAUUCUAAUAGCAUUAAUAUGCGGCGUCUGCAAGAAAGCGAUUCAUUAAGUGAAAAUGAAACUGCACCAGAACCACCACCACGUCCUGAUGCUAUAUCUCACGUUGAACCGCCACCUUUACCACCGAAAAAACAAUUUAAUGAUAUUGUUAUACGACCACGUAUCACUUCGGGUAAUGCAGUACCACCGGUAAACAGCAGUAAUCGUUACGAGUAUAUUAUUUCAACGGCUAAAUUAUCGGCACCCGCUGGGUCAGUAUCGACGGGCGUAGCUGAUGUACCACCUAUACCGUUGCCUUCGCGACGGGUAGGCCGUUCAGAUGGCACAUAUCCUGGACCAGGGAGACCGCGUAAACCCGGUCAUACUGAAGAUGAUUACUUAGCACCUAUUGGUCUCAGUACUGCAAGCAAUAGUAACAUGCCGGGUAGUUCGGAUGUGCCACCCUUGUUGCCACCUCCAGUGCAAAUUUCAACACGUACUCGCGCUCAACGUCAACAAUCUCAGACAAAAGCACAGGAUAUUUAUGAAAAUAAAAAAGAAAUCUUGCAGCAACAGCAAGAAAUGCAGAUGGAAGAAGCGGCAGCUAGUGCCGCAGUUAUUCCGGACAUCACUCUAAGUCAACUACUUACGCUUGGAAUCGACGAAUUAGCAAUAAAAUUAAAUGUACCGACAUCUAAAUUAAGUACCAUGACGUUAGUAGAAUUAACCACAUAUUUAUCCGAAUUUAUAGAGAAAUCGAAGCCAUCCAACACAUCUAUGCACAUGCAGCAACCGCAUUCUAUUAGCCCCGUUUUAGUUAAUGCAAAUCAAAAUGACCAAAAUUUCGACCAAGCACCAGUAUUUAAAGUUAAUUUCGAUCAACAAGCCACAUUUGUUGCCAAAUUUGAUGAUACUUUCGGUGAAGACAUGCCGACUAGUAAUCAAAAUCAAAAUCAAAAUGCACAGGAAUUUGUUGCCAAUUUUGCCCAAUUUAAUAACGCGCCAAUAGCACCACCUAUACCUAGUAAUUCUACUCGUGUGCCUGCUGUACCGCCAGCUGAUCGGUAUGCAGUUUUUCGUGAAAUAAUAGAUCAAGAACUGCAGCAGUGUGAACAAAACGCAAAUCUUAUAGGCGACCUUACUCCGCCUGAAGAAGAGACAAUGAUUGUAGACUCAGUGCAUAUGGAUGAGUCGACACGUAUGCAGGAUGUAAACACUGGAUUUGAUGCUCACUUUGAAGAUGAUGAUUUUCUUGCCAUACAGACUGGUCAACAAUCUACGCUUCCCAAGUUCGAUACAAAAAUAACAGAAGUGGUCGCACAAGCAAAGGAUCGGUAUGCUGCUUUGCGGGAUAUAAUACUUGUGGAAAAUCUAUUUGAUCAAAAGCCCGUUAUUGAAGAUAAUGAAAAUAAUUUGAUGCAAGAAUUCACAGAAUUUAGCGAAGACUUUAAUGAAGAUCAAGAUCUAAAGCAGAUAAUGGAUGAACGUGUGUGUAGUACAGGACCAGAUCGUUUAGGUCUUGUAGAUAGUCGUGGUUUUCCUGCUGAACCAUCGUCAUCCGCACUUACAGUAGAAGAUGAUGAAGACGAAGAUGGCGGUGCUGAAAGCAGCUUGGAUAGUAAUGAUAAAGAUGCUGAACGAAACAGAGGUGACUUAUGCGGCUUGCCACAAGACCAAUAUGAAAAACUUUCUACUUCCACGCAACAGUUAGAUGUAGAAAGAUCAGAUAAAAUAGAAACGGGCAGUAUAGGUGAUGUUAGUAGUAUAAAUUCAAAUUUACCAAACAGCAAACAAGACAGUAAGUUCCUUAUGGUAGCAGGCACUAGCGGCCUUUCUUCAUCUAAAGAUGACUUAGAAAUUGACGAACUAAUGCAACGCGCUAUUUCCAAUUUAUCGCUUGAUUCACGUGAACGCAUAUCUCCUGCAAAUUCAACAAGUGCAACAGGCGCAAAUACAACUAUAUCGAUAUCUGUUACUCGAGCUUCCUGUUUAACAACGCAGUCUCAAUUUAACGAUGUAAGCACAUCUCCAAUUCCGCUGCAAAAAUCUCCUGUACCGGGUAUCGUACAGCAAAAAUCGCCUGUUUCUAAGUCAACUCAACCAUCACCAAUAUUAUCGCAGCUUUCUGCAGUUUCAAACUUAAUUGAUACAGCAACCAAGCAAAUCAAAUCUACAGAUGUUCCAUUAAACAAUGUCUCCAAAAAGAACAAAGAGUCAUGGGCUACAUUUGACUCACCGAAACCUGUUUUUCCGGUUGAUAUACGUGAUAAACGAGGUCGCAUAAUACAAUCUGGCAAAUCUACGUCAUUGCAUUUACCGCCAGCACCACCAUCUAAUACUUCACAAAACGACACUGCAGAGUCACCAUGCUCUUCUGACCCUAGAGAGGAAGGUUGGAAUAAAGGUUCAGUUAAUGUUGGUAGACGCUGGACAAAGAAGGAUCGUCAACAAACUUCGUCUUCAUCACGCGAUUUGAGCCCCUGGGAUGAUGAAGCGCCAGAUUUUCAAAAACAAAAACGACAUCCGAUGCCACAAAUGCCAGCCGGUCAAACUCAUGUGCAACCCGAUCGUCAUGGCUAUUAUAUGCGUCAUGCAAGACGCAUGAAUUCAUGUGAUGAAGACUAUGAUUAUGAAGACGACUUUAACAACCGCCGGGAUCAGCGAAAGUUUAAGCACGGCUUGUCACGAAGUAGAGAUAAUUUUGAUUUAGAUUCGCCCAGUUGGUAUCAUCAUUCUCAACACCACACUUGGUCUCCGCAAGAUAUUGAUCAAGCUUCUAAUUCUCGCAUUCGUGGUUUUGAACGUGCUGCUUAUGAGCGUUCGACAUAUGGACCUCCAAUUUAUGAUAAACGUGGUAUGCCAAUGCCAGCUACUGUUUCUAGUUACGAUCGCCGCAGUGGGUAUGAUAAACGUAAAUAUUAUCGCGACUAUGCCAGGCCAAAUUACGAAUUUGAAGAGUACGCAGAUUCGUCUACAAUACAAGAACGCUACCGCGAUGGUGGCAGUUUUGAAAAAUUAAAAGUAGGACGUCGUUCAGACUACGAAAAUGUUUAUGAUGACGGUCGUUUACCAACUAACUACAAGACUCGAACUACUGAGUAUAUGUAUGAACGUGAUCGUAAGUCAUUUGAUCGUGAAAGUGUAGAAUCGUAUGAAAGUGCUACACGAAGAAGACGAAGUUUUGGUAGCGGUGAUGUAUAUGGCAGCUUGGAGAGUCGAGAAGAUUUUCGUGACAGAUAUAUGGGUGGAGCAGAAAGAACACGUUCCUUGCGAAAAGGUAUGAAAUUACGAGCAACUGGUGACAUUGAGUAUGAGGACUCUGAAAGUGAUUUACAUCAAAGAGCACGUGGAGCACCUGUAGAUACUCGCAGUUUGCAACGUCCAAGUCAAUUAGCAGCCAGUUCAGGCGGAGUUGUAUCAUCUUCACAAGCACGUAUGCGUAAAAGUAGUGGUUCUAGUCCAUGGGAUGGGGAAGACCCACCAUUACCAGGACAAAAGCCAUGGAAACGACCUUCAAGUGCUGCUGAUAAUGAAAGAAGAUUAGUUGAAAAUCGCAGGGCAACUGCAUUAGGACAUACUCCUUCUGGUUCUGAUGGCGAAAAAGAUAGAAGAUUUCGUAAAAAACAACGACAACGAGCAAAGGACCUCUCAUCCAAUAAUGCCAACAUUACUACUGGAGGUCGUUAUGGCAAUCCAGCUGGCGUACAUACCCGUGAUAAUUAUGAUUAUAUCACUUACGACAACGACAACGAUGAUGAAGAUGAUGUAGAUGAUGAUGACUAUGGAGAUGAAGAAUAUGAUGAUCAACCUACAGAUGAAGAUAAAUUUGAACGACUUAAUAGACGUCGUCAUGAAAUGCAUCAACGUAUGUUAGAAAGUGAAAGACGACAACAUGCUCUAUCUAAACCUGGGUUCAAACCAAAUACUUCAGUAAGCAAUUCGUCGGCUCCCAAAAAAUAUCACACUCGAGAUGGUCGUAGUGAAUACACUUUCGAUGAUUUUGAACAAACUCCUACUCCACGUUCAAAUGCAAGUGCUAGUGGUGGUAGUGCAUACCCAGUAAGUGGUUCAUGUACUAAAUUUAGCUUUGAUGGUGGCUUUGAAUCUGAUUUCAAUCAGAGUUCACCACCACCAGCACCAGCAGGUACUGCUUCUAGUUGCAAUUCAACACCUGCUGGCACUGGCAGCGCAACUACGACUCCAGCAACAAAAUCCUCGUUCAGAUUUUCAAAUGAUUUUUCUGAACGCGAAAAAUUGGCAUUUGCACAGAACUCUACAAGUGUGAGCAGUUUACAACAAUUUGAUUUGGACACAGGUUCAUCACCUGUAUCUCGUGCAACACCUCCCAGUACGCAAAAAUUACGAUUCGAUGAUAAUGUUAAAAUUUCACAAUUUGAUGAUGCAGCUUUUGAAGAUGAUUUUUCGAAAGCACAAUUCGAUUUCGAAAAAGAGGAUCAAUGGCAUGCAGAUUCAUUGCAAUCCACGAGUAAUGCAGCCACAAAAAAACAUAAUUUACGAAAUAGCAAAUUGCAACAACGACAGGAACUAAUAAAAAAGUCGGAAUCAAUAAAUAUAUUCGCCAAAAAAGCUGAAGAUCCAUUCGAAGAUGAUGAAUUCUUUAAAGCACCAACCACUGAAACGAAAACUAGUGAUAACGGUAUUAACAAAAACAAUACGACUAAUAUUGGUAAUAAUUUUCAAUGGGAUGAUGAUAAUAAUUUUGCCAAAUUCGAUGAAAAUAUGUGAUUUGAUCAAUUAUUCGCCAGAAAUGCCGAAAUGACUAAUAAAUUUACGCACCACUUACGCGAAGAGGCUUUUAAUUUUGAAGAAAAGUACGGAGACAACGAUAACGAGAACAAGAACGAGAUUGACGAAGAAGAUAAUAAUUAUGCUGAAAUAGAUGUCGCCGAACACGAAUAUUAUUAUAUAACUAAUUUAAAUGACUAUUACCGUCAACAGAAACAGCAUUGCAGUACACAAACUGUUAGCAGUUUUUAUAUGGAGUCGGAACACAAGCAAUCAUCACCAACUAAUAUAAAUCAACAAAAUACAACUAAAAAAGUUACUCUUUUACGCAAUACAAAAAAAUUUAGACGUAAGUUACUUUCGUUAAAUCUUUUAAUGAAAAACUUUGUUAUGUAUCGUUUUAAAUAUGACAUACUUUAGGAUUAGCUAUAGCGGGAUGUUCAUAAAGUACAGGCGAUAUGAUAUAAGUCUUGUAUAUACAAGUCCUCGCGAUAAAAAUUUUUGAAUUCGCUUAAGUAGAAAAUCGAAUUGAAUUGAAUUUUUCUAUUGUUCACUUAAGUUCGCUGCUUUUUGCUUUUUUCAUUCCUAUCGAAUACACAUGUGUAGUUGGGGUUGUACAUUUCGCUUUGGCUUAAGUUCUUACGGUACGUACCAACUGAUUGAACAUUUAGCUAUCAAAAAUUAUAAAGUGGCAUCUGAUACUAAAACACAACUGUUUACACUACUUAUCAUUUUAAUAUGCUAUCUGUUUAAUAGAAAAACAAAAAAGCUUAAAUUGUAAAAAUAUUUGGACAUCGCAAAUAUUUUGAUUAAAGUGCAAAUAAUAAAUAAAUUUUAAUAGAAAUAUUUAUGAUUUGUAUC